GCUACAGCAGAUUAACUAUCUGAGCCUCAUGCAGAUAGUUGGAUUUGCCAAUUUGCCAAAUACGUCACAGCAGAUGCAGCAACCUCAACCCUUCCCAUUAGGAAGAAACUGGGCUUCAAGCACGGAAGGGAAUAAUAUCCAUCGAUCUCCCCCUGUGCAGCCAGCAGGUGAUGUUCAAAUACCUACUGACCAUCAGAUACCAACUCUGGAAAACAGCUGGAAUGUUGGUCAGAAAAAGAACAGCUCUCAGGAAGAAAAGAACUUACCUGAUCAGAACCAGAGAUCUGUGCACAUUAAUGAUCCUUCAGCGUUACGAGAGAGUCAGUCUGUUGGUGCAAGACUGAUGCUGCCACUUCAAAGCUCACCUCAUCAGAAUCCAGCCAGGCCAUUCCCUCUGUUGACUGUUUCCCUUAAUGCUGAGAAGAAACCAAAGCUUAUUCCAUUGGCAAAACCCUUAAAUAAUGCAGAGGGAUUUCCUUUGCUUAAGCUAAAAACAAGUUAUCAAUUUCAGGCACUCAAUUUCUGCCCGGUAACCCCCCACAGAUCUUCUGGACCAUCGUCAGGACCAAGAGAAGCCUGGGGCCUCCCAUCGUCUCUGGCACAAAAUCCUCCUGGUUUACAGAUGUCAGAACCCACAAAUGAGACAGGAGCACAUCUAAACCUGAACCGUUAUGAUCAAAAUGUUACAAACCAGGCACCAGAGCAGACAAAGCGUUGGGCAGAACAGGUCAAAACAGGGAUUUCCAAACAGUUUCCUGUAGAUGAAUAUGGCAUAAAGGAAGAUUCAGCACCGUUGCAACCCUGCCAUGAACGUCUGAGGGCAGAAAAACCAUUGGUUGACCAUGCAAUCAAUUCACAUCAAGCCUAUGGGCCUUUUACUGAAAUCCCUUUGUUAUAUCUGAAGACUAGCCCACAAUCCAAAUGUUCACUAAGUACAUUUACAACAAAAAACACAGAUUGCAGAGCAUCCCUUGGACAGACAGGAUUACCAUUGCUUCACUCUAAUUUGCCUCCACUAACCAAGUUUCAGAUACCGAAACUCAUUCCCCUUCAAGAUCUGAUUGCCUUUGAACAAAGCCAGCAUUCUGUUCAGUACCCACAGUAUAAAGAUCACCCCAAGCAGAUGCAGUUAUUGAAAGCUAACAUUAAAGUAAAUGAAACAAGACAAGUGAGGAGUAACAAGAAAAGGCUGAACAGAGAUAUAUCAGUGUGACCGAUAUAGAGUCUGGUGAUCUUCUCAAGAAUUUGCCAGUUAAAUCUGCGCCCACUGCACAGCCUAUUGUCACGCAACCUGUGAAGUCUGAAUUCCCAGCUUCUACAAAGCUGUAUUAUCCAGCAGUCUCUUUUGCCAGUGUAUUACCACUGGAUGAAUUUGAGAGACAAGACAAGAGUCCCGAAAUGGAAUUAUCUCUACUACCACCAAGUGUAACAGAGGAGGAAAAUGCUGGCGAUCCUCUUACGUCAAGUCUCCUUCAUGAAGAUUUUUCCAGUAUUUACGCGGGGCAAAAGAUCAGCAGAGAGCAUUUUUCUGGAAAACUACAAGAAAUGGAUAGACAACUAUCAUACUUACAAAAUUUGACAGAAAGAAUGGAGAAAGAAUAUAGCACUACUAAAUUGUUUGGGGAAACCUCAAAAGAUGUCAGUGUGAUACCUGAGCAAGAAGAAGAUGACAUAUUGUUCUUUGCACCAGGUGUUCAGCUUUGCAAAGCAGAACGUUAUUCAACCCGUGUAAGAGUGGAGAAUUUUACAGACGAAAAAGACUUCUUAGAAGCAGAAUCUUCCCCAAAGGAUUUCAUUGCCUUAAAAACACCUUCUGUUUCACCUUCAGGAUCAGCUGCUAAUCGUCCCAGGGUCAACGAGUUGUUUGCUG